AUGUCUGAGCACCUCUUGCAAACUUGGAAUGUGAGCUGCAUGUUGGGAGGCAACAUAGCAGGUGGAUUUGGAUAUGGCUCCCAAUGUGUUCAGAGGUAUUAAUGCAGAGAUGAUGUGACAGCUGUGCUUUAGUGGGGCAUUUGGCAGCUGUGUCUGUUACAGAGUGUAUAGGGGCUGGCAUUGCCCUGAAGCUAUCUCCUCCUGCACCCCUAGGGAAAUCUCUGGAGCUUACAAGGCUGGGACCUUUGGAGUGUAACAAGGAGAUGAUGGGCUUAAGGUUGCUCUAGACCACUGUUGAAAGGCUUGAGGACCCUUUGGAACUAAAGGAAGUAAUCUUUUUUCCAUCCUUGCUCUCAAUCUCUUGUCAGUCUGAAACCAAAAAUCUGGGACUGUCUGGCUCCAUCCCCUUUGCACCCUUCUCUCAAGUAUUUGUAUACAUUGAUGGGAUUCCUCUUAGAGCUGCUGAGUUGACAUAGUGUACAGAUAUUCUCCAUACUUCCCAGCUGCCCUCUGAGCAGGACUGGGGUUUAGACCUGCAUUUUCAGAAAAGAGGAAGGGGAAUGGUGCUGUUACAGGAUGAGUGAUGUAUGCAUUUACAAACUUCUUGCAUCCAUUUAAGAGAUGGCACUUGAUGGAGAUGAUUCAUAAGCAAUUCAUUAAAAAAAUUGAUUUAUGUUUUUUCUGCUGAGCUUGCUGUCUACAGACUUAUCUAAGAUCCUGUCACACAGUGAUUUUGCUCUGACUCCAGCAAUAAGCAAUCCUCUCAGCUUGUUGCUUGCAUUUGAUUUUCUGGUAGUUCAUAGGACUUGUGUCUUUAAGAAAGUGUAAUCUCUUUAUACUGGCUUAAGCACAAGAGAAUAUGAUUAAUGUAAAGUCAGUAGGAGAACUAAAGCAAACGACAGAGGUGCUGUUAAAGCUGGUACAAGCAAAUGUAAAGCAGUGAGAAGGGAAAGCCAGUAUUUUUCCAGGCAGACUUUUUUUUUUGGCAAGUAAAACUCAGUUUUAAUGGUAAAGCAUUAUGCAGUAUAUUAGCAUUCUUUUAGUAUAUUUAGUAAACAUGUCACCUCUGUAACUGGAGAUUUAAUCACUGUAGUCUGUGGUAAAUCCUUUUGGAGAUGUGAGGAAGUGCUUUGGGUGCAUUUAUAUUACAAACUUAAAUUUAGGAGCUGUGGUGUUGCAGGCUUCCUGGUGAUUGCUGUAGAGUGUUCCUUCAUUUGUUAAGGAAAUAAAAAUGUACAUCAGCAUUUUAUGAGCGACUCAUUAGGGAUGAGCACAGCACCAAGAUGAUGAGCUGUCAUCUAUUGUUCCAGCUGACAAAUUAAGCCAUUCUUCUACUGAUAUAUGCAAGCCUUAUCCAAGUAUUCCUGCAGGCAGAAUUGCACAACAUUCCACCCUCCUUAUCACAGUGCUUCUCCCCGUUGUCUGUGAUGUUGAGAGAUGAAUAAACUGUUAUUGUGGAUGGGGGUUAAAGAAAAUUGCCUCCUUCAGAAGAGCUUGUAGACCUAAUAAAAAUUAAGCUGUAUCAUGUUGACGGCCACCAAAGCUGCAUAGUAUUUGGAAAAUCUAAAAGCAGAACGAUAUUAUUAGGGGGAAAAGACUUAUUGUGCAUCUGUGUGCGCCAGUACCUGAAGUGGUAGUUAACUGAUGAUCUAUGAUUAUAGUUAUGUUGAAGUCUGUGGAGGUUAAUGGGCUUCUGCUGUCUGAAGGAACACUUUCAGUCAGCUACUCCUGGUUACACAGGGUUGAAGAGGCCUGCUAAAAGCCCUGCUUACAAGCCUUGCUGGUACUCCAGAGAAACUGAGAGGUGACUGAUCUUGAACAAAACUUUGUACCUCUGGUAUCGCCUCUGUGCAGACACUUCAAGUGAAGGUGACUGAGUACAAGUGGAUGAGUAGGUGGUGGAUCUGGGAGCAUUUCCGUGUUUAUCCCUACAAUCUGAACUUCAGCAUUAUGAAAGAAGCUUCAUCUACAAAAGCUGUGUGGCAGCAUGGCUCACAGGAGAAUAAAAGGAAAUUCCCUCUUAUGUAGAGAGCAAAGUCCUCUAUGCCCUUCCUUGCCAGACAUUUUAUUUUUCAUUUGGCUGCUGGUUCUCCUCAUCGUUGCAUUUUGUAAUACAGCUGUCAUGGUCUGCUGCUAUGAUAGAUGGCAGCAGUAGUUCUUUGUGCCUCUGUACUUAGAUAACCACUUGAGAAUGUGGAUAGAAAGGAGGCAAGAGGUGUCUUGUGCCUUCCCUGUGUAUGUUUGCAGCAGGAGUCCUGACCUUGCUGUGACUGCCUGGAUGAGCAGGACCAGGAAGGAGGAACUUGAAGUGGUGGAGGCUGCAACUAGAGCUGAGGGGUAUUGCACAAUGUAUAGGGGAAGAAUGUGAAGAACACUGGUGGUGUGGGCCCUGCAGUUUCCACUCCUGAAUGAAGUCCUGAUUGUAGUGUCCAUACUUUUUAAGGCCUUGCCUUCAGUGAUCACAGCAAUGGUAGGUGAAAAGGAAGCACUGAAUGUGUGUGCAAGAGCAAUUGUGGUCUCUGUGUGCACGUGUGAGGCAUUUUACGAACUUAAGAUUAAAUAAAAACGGGGGUUGGCCAGUUCUGUUUUCCUGGAUAUGUAUUGUUUAAAAGUUAGGCCUAUGAAUUUCCAUCUUUUGAUCAAAGGGAAGAAACUAGGUAGAAAUUGGUGGACUGCAAUCAAUAUUGAUACCUUUACAGUUGAGAAAUAGCAGCAGCUAAACUGUUUUCAGAAACUUGGACAAUUCAGAUAUACUAAGUGGUGUUGAAACAGCCAAAGAGUGUGUUUUUUCCAGAAUGGGCAGCCCUGGAUCUCAUUUGCUCCUUGCUGGACUGUUUUGUCAGAUCUGGAAUGUACUGGUGAUUUUCUGGUUGUUUGCCUGCCUUAAUAUGUAGAGAUAUUAUGUUUCCCCUCCUCCAUUAUUCUGCCAGGGAAAUGCUAACAAUCCUUCUGUUUUGCAGGAAGUUUUUGGCUGCCCAUGGUACCCAAACUAGUGCCCUGGUAUAUGUAUUCUUGUGAUGUUCUGGAUUUAGUACCAGUGUCACACAGGAGGAACAGUGGCUGAGGGAAAUCAAGUUACAGGCAUAGAUUCUGAGUUGGAAGAGACCCACAAUAGUCAUCAAAAUCCAGCUCCUGGCCCUGCACAGGACAACCUCAGUCAGACAAGCAGCCUGUUUAACUACUGAAGCUCCAAGCAUUUUCUGUUUGUCAGCCAUGUGAUCAUUUUGUGGUAUUUAGGCUUGAUGGGGUAAAAACUGGUGCCUUGCAGGAAGCCUGUGGGCUAUCUUCUGGAGGAAGCCUUCAAAGAUAGCUGACCACUCUGAUGUAUUCUGAAUGAUGGCUUUUUAGCAGAAAUCUUUGUUUAACAAAACAAAACACCAGAGUAAAUGAGUUUUCUUCCAGAAGAGCUAUCUUAGUAGGAUUUAAAAAAAGUUUAAAUUAUCUUCUUUUUGUGCUGAGAGAAAUAGUCAUUGACUAUGGUAUCUGUUCCUGAGAAAGCUACCUCCCAAAAGCCAAGCUAUAGGCCUGGCUGCUUGCUAGUCUUCCUCUAAGUCUCUCAAAGUGGUGCUAUAACCACAGCAAAUAGUUGGAUUAGUUAUGACUCCUGGGCCAUCCAGCAUGGAUCUGAGUGCAUUCAAAGGGCUGGGACAAGUCACUGGGACCAUGUAAUUCUUACCAAGGGAUGAUGUUAAAUGGGGUUAUACAUCUCUAGGGGUGAUGUCUGAUGGGGUUCUACCGAGACACUUGACUUUAAUGCCAUUUGCUGAGUAACUUUCCUUUGAGUUCUGCAGAACAGGUCCGACUUUCCAUCUGACACUGAAGAUUUAAACAUUGUGCAAAAGAAACAUGCUCUGUUAGUGUAUCUCACUAGAGGUGAGUUGAUGGUAGUUGCUUUUCUACUUAAAAUAGCCUCUGCACACAGCUGUGCACCCAGGAAGCCAGAGAAGCACUUUGGGGAGUACAUGUGAUAUUUUUUAUUUGCAAGAAUGAUGUAUCAUAAAUUAAACUGGAGCUGGACUUUACACCUCCACAGUGUUUAGAUACCUGCUAAUAACUCCCAUGAUUGCUAAUGUUUCUCAGGGUUAAAAAUUACUUUGGAACCUAUCAGAAGCUGUAAAAGCAAAGGGAAUCUGCCUUACUGGAAGGUAAGAUCUGAAUCUCUGCAACUCUGCAAUGGCUCUGAUCCAUCUCAAGUUACUGGCCCCAGCUCAAGAAGCAGUUUGUUCUUCUCUGCAUAACACAGUAUUGUCAGGGUGCCCAGAACAUGAAGGUGUAACUUUCCACGUGUUAAAAAAAAAAUAUAAGCCCUGUCAGCAGCUGAAGUUAGUAUGUGUCUCCUUAAACUGAAAGGGAGCAUCUUUGAGCUGGAGAGUGACCUGUGAUGAAGGCACAUGGGGUAAUUCUUGGACAAUUCCUGUGCAGGGCUAAGUUGUAGUUGAUGCUCCUUGUAGAUCCCUUCUGACUCAGGAUAUUCUGUUAAAAAGUGUUACUUCUGUAUAGCUUGCACUGCUGUCUGCUUCAAAUGUUUAUUUUUAGCAAAAUUUUAUUGGCUUGAUGUGUAGGAAAAAUAAAUACAGCAUAUUAGUAAAAUAAUUGUCAUACCAGUGCAGCCUGUUGCUCCAAAGAAAAGUUUUCUGAUUAAGGGUCCAGUGCUGUCUCUCAAAGACGUACAGAUGUGUUUCCCCUUCAUUAGAUUAGUACACACAUAAAGGAAAUGUUAAAAGAGCCACUAUUAAUACAAAUUACUGUGUCCAGACACCAGCGGUUACAAAAUUCACCUUGCUGCUAUCUACUGCAUUGCUGGCCUGUCACUUGACAAAAGUAAGUUGCUCUUUCCCUCCCCUGGCUUGUUGACUUUAAAGAACUUGCUGUAACUACUCAGUGCCUUGCUUGUCUUAGAGGCCUCCAGAGGAAAAAAAAAUUAACUUCUUGAUGUUCAGAGCUAGAAACCUCUUUACUCUCUUAUUCUGUAUGAGGUAAAAAUAAGAAAGAAUGAAAAAUAAGUAAAGGGUGAAAAACUGUCUCUUGGCAAGGUCGCUGCUGUCAGAUCUUUGCAUUGUUGGUGCAGUACAGCAGCAGGGGCACUGGAUUAUUACAUGGGAGCUCUGUGGCUUUUCACUGGACAUUUAUACAGUUAAGUAAGGCUGUAGGGCCCAGAAUAAUUUUUACCCUUUGUGCAACAUAAUUUGAGGGGAAAUUUUCUUUCUUCUGGUUAUGAGUACUAUUUCCUUCUUGGCGCUGUGUACGGAAUGGCGUCUAUGGCAUUAAUGCUUCUCUUCUGCAAUGCAGUAUUAUAUUCAAGAGUGAGAGCUCAGGUGAGAUAGAGGCAGUAUCGGCUGCUCUCUUCUCCACCCUCUACCUUAAUGUCACUCUGAAAUGGGGCAUGUCCUGUCUGAGACCAAAAGGUUGUUCAAAGCCAGGGUGAGAGGAAGUAACAAAUCAUGGAGUUUGCUGGCUCUCUCAUCUAUUGAUCAACUGUGACUUUUAUCAGGGACUGCAUCUCUAAUUUCUCAAAUAGUGAAUGCAGCCUGUGAGCCUGAGGCAGGCUGUCUGCAUCUCCUCUCUUUAAGAUGCUCUGCAAGUCCCUCUGACUGUAUAAAGCUAAGUGAGCCAUGUCCUGUGGUGUGACCUGGCCUAUAGCACAUCCCACAUUCCUGAUUGGGGAUGGGGAAGGACCAUGUGUCUGCACUGUGUUUCUUCUGAACAUCUGCAUUGGGAAGGGCUGACAUCUAACAAUUACAGCAUAAAAAUGUAUUCAUGUGGGAUGGCACAGGUUAAAUCAGGAGCAGAUGCCUCAACAUAUAUAGCAUACAUGCUAUACAGCAUGUUCAUGUCUGUAUUGGUUAUAGGAUAUCCCAAACCACAGAUGGUUUAGCAGCUGGGAUUCUUCCCUGAAUUCUAAUCCUGGAGGGUGAGGCAAGAUGAAGUAUAGAACAAUAUGAGGCUAAACUGGUUUCCUGUGGGCAUUGCAAAACACAGGUUCUUUUGGAGAACUGUGUAUCUGUACAGGGAGAAGGGGUUUCAAGAGAGAAACAAGGACAUAGGGAGCCAGAUAAAAAAGCUUGCUCUGGGAGCACCAAGCAGGAGAUGAACAUGGACCUGAGCUGUGUGACACAUUCCUAUGUGUCUGUGUUGGGCAAAGAAGGAGCUGGUACCUAAGAUGCAGGGCAGAGGCUGUUUUUGUCACCUCUCCAAGAUGCAGCAAAGCAUGAAGGCAGGCAGAAUUUUAUUCUCUAACUUUGAUCAGCAAUGGCCCUUUAAGGCAGAGCAAGGCGUGCAGUAUGGACACUGCCCAGUCCAAACCCAGCAGCCACGUGAACUGUCCCCAGGUGGGCAGUGCCAGGCUGGCACAGCAAGGCCCCCUCACCCUCCCCGAUGACAGAGGGAGUCUGACUGAACUUGCUGGCUCCCUCUCACUCUGCCCCAAUUUUCCUCAGGACAAAUGAGAAGAACCUGUCUCCAAGUGCAAGAUUUUGGGAAUAUGUGUCAGAGAUGCCUGUCAGUAAAACAUCCGUCUUGCCCUAAUUUCUGCAUGGAGUGCUGCAAUGUCGAGUGAAAUAACCUUCCAAGCUGGCUCUGGUGCAGAGGUAUUUUGGCUUAUGUUAUUGCUGAGAGCUUUCUUUCUGAUGAGCUCUUUCUGCCUCUCUGUGUUUCUGAUGUCUGACUCUCUUCACUCUUCUUUUUCCCUUGGGCUGGGAUGUGUGCUGUUUGCAAUGCAUCAGGAAGUAAUACGCAAUGAGAAAACUCUCAUCAUCUGUGCAUCAGGGGGAGAAUUACUGACUGAGUGCUGAGCAGUCAAGUUAUUGAUUCAAACCAAAGCCCAGUCUCUCUGUCUGCUGGGCUGGUUACAUCCUGCUGGUUCAUUGCAUUUAAUCGGAUUCUCUGAGCUGCCACGCAGAGGGGGUGAGUUAGACCCAGAUCCAUCUAUAAUGUUUGCUUCAAAAUCCAGUUCUGUCUCCCCUUCUCCGUCCAUGGAGCAGGCAGAUUCGGAUGCUCUGGACAUCAGCACCAAAGUGCAGCUGUACGGUGUGCUCUGGAAGAGACCCUUUGGGAGGCAGUCAGCCAAAUGGUCCAGGAGAUUCUUCAUCAUUAAGGAAAGCUUCCUGCUGUACUAUGCUGAGAGUGAGAAGAAGAGUUUUGAAAGCAAUAAAUAUUUCAAUAUCCAUCCCAAGGGUGUCAUACCCCUGGGAGGCUGCAUCGUGGAGCCCAAAGAAGAGGCCAACAUGCCUUAUGCCAUAAAGAUCUCUCAUGAAGACUUCCAUGGUAACAUUGUUCUAGCAGCCGAAUCAGAGUUUGAGCAGGCUCAGUGGCUGGAGAUGCUACAGGAGUCUGGAAAAGUGACCUGGAAGAAUGCCCAGCUGGGAGAAGCCAUGAUCGAGAGCCUGGAAGCUCAAGGACUACAGCUGGCCAAGGAGAAACAGGAAUAUUUAGAUAAACUAAUGGAAGAAACAGAGGAGCUAUGUCUGCAGAGGGAGCAAAAAGAGGAACUCGAGCGUCUGAACCAGAUCCUGGAAGCAGAGAAGCAGCGUUUUGAAGAGGUGGUGCGGGAGCUGCGCCUGGAGCAGGAGGAGAUCAGGCGGGAGCUGGAGCUCACAGCCCGCUCCCUUAAAGGAGUGGAGGAAGAGAAGAAGGAGUUGCGAAGCCUGACAGAGUCCUUACAGAACACCCUAGAGGAGCUUUCCCUGGAAAAACAGCAAAUGCUGAAGAUUCUGGAAGAAAACGAGAGCCAGGUCCCACCUCCAACCAGCCCCAGCACGGAGCAAAGCCCCAUCUGGGGACUGCACUGCAGCCUGCAACAGAUUGAAGAGAAGAUGCAGCAACUUCUGCAGGAGAAACUCCUGGCAGAGAAAAGGAUGAAGGAGAACGAGGAGCGGUCUCGAGCACUGGAGGAGGAGCGGGAGUUUUACUCUUCCCAGUCGCAAGCGCUGCAGAACUCGCUCUCGGAGCUGACUGCAGAGAAGCAGCAGGCAGAGAGAGACCUCAAGGCUGAAGUGAAGGUACGCAUGGAUCUGGAGAAGAGACUGAGAGAGGCUGAGGAAGCCUUGCAGAGCUUGGAGCAAGGCUUAAAUUCUCUGAAUUGCAACAAGGAGAAAGAGAAGAAGAUGAAAGCAGAUGUCAGUAACUUGAGAAAGUUCUUUGAAGAGUGCAUCCGCAAUGCUGAGCUGGAGGCCAAGAUGCCUGUGAUCAUGAAGAACUCCGUGUACAUCCACAAGGCCGCCACUCGCCGCAUAAAGAGCUGCCGCUUCCGCUGCCGGAGAACCAGCACUUCCUGGAAUGACAUGAAACAGUCACAGUCCUUCAUCUUCUCACAUGCAGAAGCUGAAAACAUUGAAGAGCUGAAAGAAGCAGCCAAAAGACUGAGCCGGGACCAGCGCUUUAGGAAAACUAUCUAUCAAAUCAUGAGGUCACAAAAGGAUUCUGCUUCAGGGGACAAAAAGUGACUCUUCCUGGGAGGGGGCUUCUGAGAUCAACCUACCAUUCAGCUCUGCAAAAGUUACAGCCUUGGGCAUGAGGCUCAGAAGGGAGAUCUGGCAUUUGGUGGGGAAGGUGGGGGACAGUUGUGUGUAGGCAAUCCCUUCAGUUAUUGGCUUUGCUUUAGUUUGAGUGCUCCCUGCAGCCCGGCAGACCUUCUCUGCUGAUCACUCCAGACCUGUUUGCUUCAGCUGCUUGCAUUAAGCCAUGUUUGGCCAAGGUGCCACAGUCAGUGUUAAAGUGAACUAGAGACCGUAGCUUAGGAGGAGCCUCUCCUUUCUUUCCCUGUCUAGUCUGUCUGCCAAACACAAGUGCUUUGAGGAAACCUUUAGCAGUCUAUGUUCUCGCUAGUGUAAUCUCCUCAGCUGAACCCAGCUCACCCUGUUCUGCCUGAUCCCCUCUAGGGGUUGGCUCGCUGCACACCCUCAGUCAAUCAGCACUUCGGUGGGGCACAUUUCCUGAAGACUGCAGCAGUCACAGCCUCCCUAGCACAGGCAAAAGUAUCAAACACAGGGCCAAACUUUUUGUCUUGAUGCUACAUCAUUUCAAGCAAACAGCAACAACACAAGGUGAAGACAACAGGAGGAUGCUGUGGAUUUGGGUCCAAGGAGGAUCAUGUACAGAGAAGAGCUUAUAGGUAACUCAAAGGCAUUGAUGCAAGCUAGAGGGAGGAUUCUGUUGUGUUGAUGGUGGGCAGAACAUUCCAGGGCCACCUUUGCACAUUUUUUGCACUGGGACAUGUAGCUGUGUCAGAGCUAGGGAAGGUGUUAGCUAUUGGCUGUCUAUUCCUCAGUGUGAAGAAGCCUUUGACUCAGUUUUGAUGGCUUCCUCAAGACCUCUGUAAAAUGAGUUGGAGGGCAGGAGGGUGAGGACUGUCCAGCAACAAAACCCACUGCCACUUCAGGCAAGCUGUAAGAGCUGUGGAAGAGGAGUCCAGGAGAGGAGUUACUUUGUUGUGGAGCCCCUUGCAGCCUCCCCCACCUAUUUUGAGCAAGCAGCUGGCUAAUAAUUACCCAUGCUGUAGGAACAGCACUGCCUGGUGCUUGCAGACCACAGGAUAAGCACACUCGGAGUGACGCCCUGUUUUCUCCUGCAUAUUAAUUGGAAAAUAAAGAAAUAGACAAUACAAAGGUGAAUAAAGUAAGCAGCAGAAGUACAGUUAGGGGUUAGGGGAAUGGUAAACUGCAGACUUACUUUACCUUUCAUGGCAUCAGGGCCCCCGGGUAUUAUGUAUGUGCAGUGACACAUAGGUAGUUACUUGCUACUGUCCUGUUCAGACUGUGACAGUGUCUUCUCACAGCCUUUGGCUUCUAGCCACCUACAUAAUCCCCUAUAAAUUUAGUGUUGUUCCUAGGGAGAAGUCAAGGAUGAGGCUGGGAAGCAAACUUUGGCUUACCAGCCAGCGGAGAGUGGUUAAUGCUGGGUGGAGGAACAUCCUGUGACAGUGCUCCUGGAUGGAAUCACUCUAGUGUGACCAGAGGAAAAGCUUUGAAAGCACAGCUUGUACUUCCCAUUUUAGUCAGUUACUGACUAGUAUCCUUCUGCCAGGCACUGGGAUGUUUCAUCCAGUCAGAGGAUCCAGCUCUGAAGGAGGAUGUUUUUGUGCUAAUGGGUGAUACAGUAGGAGAAGAUUGUUUCCAUCCUUCCUCAGCAUACCUGAUCCUUCUGUGGUUUAUCUGGUUGUGUUUAUAUGCUAGAAAGCCACAAAUGAAUUCUUGCUCCUACAAGGCUGAAGGGCUGUGUCAAAGCAAUACAGAAAUGUUUUUUUCCUUUAUGCUGCUCCCAAAUCAUCUCUGGCUAUUUUCCAGUUACAAGGUCUGUAUUAGGUGAUGCUGGAAGGGACAGAAUAAAGGAUAGCUAGGGAAUGCAUCUGUAAUUCGGGCAGUUAGAAAAAUCACCCUGUGGCCUGUGAAUACAGCAUUUUUAUUCUAUUACCAUGAAAGCCACAAUAUCUGACUCUUCAGAAGUAUUGUAUGCAGGAGGUAGCCACAUCAGGUCUUCCUUUACUGUGCAUAUUGACAGCAAUAAGUAAAUAAAAGUUAUGCUGACACUAGAAUGAAUUCCUGUGUGUUCUUCAUACACUGUCACCAAAAUGAUGUUAAAUUGUCUCUGUAGGAGCUCAAACAAAUCAUUGUGACACUCUCAUUUACUGCCAGCACAGUUCCUCUGCUUCACUGAGUUGUUGUGUUACGUGCUUAACAUCACCUCUCAGAAGGAUUGGCUCUAUGUAAAAAGCUUUCACCCUCGCUACCACUUCCACUUGUAAAUUGUGCAUAAAGUUCAAGCAGAAUGUAUCACAUCUGAAGUAAAAAGCUCCCGCUUGCUUACCUGAAGUCAGUGAACAGCUCUGUGUGUAACCAGCAAGAUGUGCCCUGAGCCACCUGUGAGGAGGUGCUUUCCAUCAGUCAUCCCCUGCUGCACAGGG